AUGAAUUCGAGUUUUGCCAACUAUCUAUUUAAUCGAUUCGGUUGCCACCGUAAAAGUGAUGAUUCAAAGCACUGCCAAUUGGGUCACUUACGAAAAGAGGAUGAUUCACUAGUUCGUCUUCUUUUCCCAUUCACACAAAUCAAAUAUUACCAAAUUGUUCAUGUUGGCAGAAUUCGUUUAUGCACACGUACCUAUGCUGAUGGGAAAGCUGCUGAUGACUCAAAUAUAAUUUUUAUCUUUGAUAAUGUGCAGCAUCCUGGUAAAAUUCGAUCGAUUUUUACCAUUGAUGAUGGUGAACCUCAUCUCCUUGUCGUAUACAUCGCAAAUCUUACUCCACUCACUUGUGAAAUCGAUGAUACGGAGAAUUUUGUUUACCGCAAUAUUCUUUUCGCAACAACUACUAAGUGGAGUUACGUUCCGAUAGAAGUCAGAGCUUUUGUUGAAAAAAGUAUCUUUUUUCGAAGUUCGGCAGGUAUAACCUACUUCUUCAGACAACCGACACUUGAUCAUUGUUCGUGA